AUGUUUACAACAGCCACGCUUAGCCCAAGUGCCCUAGAGGGUAUCAUUUUAAGGCUUAGCCUGCCAGAUUCGCCAAAGGUUAUCAGGGCUUCGAUCAAUAAGCCUAACCUUUACUACGGGGUUUGCCAGCUACCACCUAAGGGCGGCGAGGACGCGGCCCUACGCUUUACCUAUAACCGGGUCCUUGAUUUCAUCCAGCAUAACAGCCCUCCGGAGGGCCCUAGGGCCCAGGCUAUCUGUUUCUUCCUUUAUAAGAACCAGGUAGACCGCUUCGCAGAGGACUAUAAUGAGAGCUGUGCGGCAUACCACGCAGGGCUUAGUUUAGAGGCUAGGGCUUUAAACUUAGCCCUCUUUACUAGUAAUAGUAAGCCUAUUUUAGCAGCUACUAGCGCUAUAGGGGCGGGGUUUAACUUCGAUAACGUGGGCCUUAUCAUCUACUUCCAAGGGUGUUGGUCGCUUACGGAUUUCGUCCAGGGCUGCGGUCGUGCUGCUCGAGCCCCUGGGGCUAUUGGGUUUAUCGAAGUCCUCACUAGGGCUGACGGGAAGCUUCCAUCUGAUCGGCGGUCUGGGGACCUUAGCAAGGACUCUCAGGAGCUAACGCUAUUCCACGAAUGGGUUCAAGAGGGUAUCUGCCGCCGGCGGCUACUGCAUACCCGCUUUAACCCUAGGGCUAGUAGCAUUAACUGCUCGGGUGAGGAUCGGCUAUGUGAUCUUUGCCUUAGUCGGGCUCAGACACUAGCUAAGCAAGCUGAGAAGGCUAAGGCCAUUCUGCUACAGCAGAAGAAACGCCUCGAGGCCCUGAAGAUAUAUAUAUCUCAGUGGUACGAUGGGUGUUGUAUCGGGUGCUUAGUGGAUGAUAUGGCCGAGGACGUGCUAGGUGAGUAUAUAUAUAUCUCCAGGUUCAGUGAAAAAGAGUACUGA